AUGCCUGAGGAAGACCUAAGGGUCGAAAUUAAAGCUCUCGAUCUCCCUCCCUACUCUCUCUCUCUGUCUUUCUGUCUUUCACCAGGCACACAGAAAAUAUGUCUGAUCAUUCUCAACCAGCCUUUGGAAAAAGACUACCUGCACACACACUGGAGUAAAGAUCUCCUGCGGGCGUGUGCAGAUGGGGAAGCCAACCAGCUGUAUGUCAUCACCGCUGGACAACGAGACAGUUUUCUCCCAGACUACAUCAGUGGGGACUUUGAUUCUAUUACUGCAGAGGUCAAAGCAUUCUACACAGAGAAGGAGUGUCAGUUAACAGAGAGAUCAGAUCAGGAGCUGACUGACUUCACUAAAUGCCUGGCCAUCAUGGUGGAUGAGAUCAAGAGACAACCGCUUCAGGUGGAUACUAUAGUGACUCUUGGUGGUCUGGCAGGAAGGUUUGACAAGACCCUGGCUUCAGUAGAGACGCUGUACCAUGCCCUCAACAUGACACAACUACCUCUGGUGGUUCUACAGGAAUGCAGUCUAGCCUACCUGCUACGUCCGGGCAGGAGACACAGGUUGGGAGUGAAUACAGGACUGGAGGGGAAAUGGUGCAGUCUAAUACCUAUAGGAGGACCGUGCAGAACACACACCACUGGACUCAAAUGGAAUAAUGACAACCAGGUGCUGCAGUUCGGGAGGCUGGUGAGCACGUCCAACACCUACGAGCCCGUCACCCAGGGAGACCAGAGGAAGCCUCUAACCGUGACUAUGGACCAGCCGCUGCUCUGGAGCAUGGGCAUCUGCAGGGACAAGAAAUUACAUCAUCGACCAGGAUGCUCCACCCUCUGCCAGCACGGGGGGACGACGAUAUACUCUCAAUGGUGGAUUGUAGGGUGCAAGUCUACGGUUUGGAACCCAGCCCCAAUGUUACUUCACCGUAGUCUCUUAACAGACAACAUUCACCACAGGCGGCUGGUGGCACCUUAAUCGGGGAGGACGGCUCAUAGUAAUGGCUGGAACGGAAUCAAACACAUGAAACACAUUGUUUCCAUGCGUUUGAUACCACU